CUGAACUAGCCAACCUGGAAAUGUAAAAAGCAUACGAGAGACAUUAUUUAAAAAGGCGAAAUCAAAUGUCAAAGUAGUAAAUAAACACCAAAUUCAAUGGCAAUCACUACUCCUCUCUCCCCCAAAUGGUUGCAACCAAUUUUUUUUUUGCAAAUUGCAGAGAGAGAGAGAGAGAUCUGAGCAAAAAAAAAAAAGGCAUUAAUGGCCGAACUAAGUUCGUAGCCGCUAGAUCAAACCGUCGUUGAGCAUUUCUCUUCCUCAUAUUCGUCUUCUUCCUCCUCAGAGCUCAUAAAGGAAUCUGUGGUUAUUGAAGAAGAAAGAUAAAAGGAGGUUUUGUCUGUAUUCCCUCUUGUUAAAGGUCAAAUCUUUAUUAGGUUUGUACAUUACUUUCAAGGAAGGAAGAUAGGUGAGACCAAACUGUACUAAAACCUUACCCUAAUUGGUUUCUUAUGGAAGAAACUCAAGCUUGAAAGAGACAUAACCUCCUUUUAGACAAAAAAGAAACUGAUAUCCCCUAUGGAGGAUUACUCAAAGUACACACACAGCCCUGCCCAUCUAGCUGUUAUCCUUCAUGACCACGCAGCUCUCAGAAGAAUCGUUAUGACCCUCCCCACCUUAGCCAAGGCCGGUGAAGUCACCAACGAAGCAGAGUCUUUAGAAGCCGAGUCACGCGCCGACGCAGUCACUGCCGUCAUUGACAGACGAGACGUCCCUGGCCGUGAAACACCUCUCCAUCUCGCUGUACGCAUGCGAGACCCCGUCUCUGCCGAGAUUCUAAUGUCUGCUGGUGCGGAUUGGAGCUUGCAGAACGAGAAUGGGUGGAGUGCGUUGCAAGAAGCUGUUUGCACUAGAGAGGAAGGGAUAGCUAUGAUCAUUGCGAGGCAUUACCAGCCUCUCGCUUGGGCUAAGUGGUGUCGUAGGCUUCCGAGGAUAACUGCUUCUGCGUCUAGGAUACGUGAUUUUUACAUGGAGAUUACGUUUCAUUUCGAGAGUUCUGUGAUUCCUUUUAUUAGCCGUAUUGCUCCUUCGGAUACUUAUAGGAUUUGGAAGCGUGGUUCGAAUCUUCGUGCUGAUAUGACUUUAGCAGGGUUUGAUGGUUUCCGUAUCCAACGGUCGGAUCAGACUUUUCUUUUUUUGGGAGAAGGUUAUGUUUCUGAUGAUGGGAAGGUGGCUUUACCUCCUGGUUCGUUGAUUGUUCUUUCUCAUAAGGAGAAGGAAGUGACGAAUGCUUUGGAAGGGGCGGGGACACAGCCUACGGAAGCGGAAGUUGCUCAUGAAGUGGCGCAUAUGUCUCAGACUAAUAUGUAUAGGCCUGGGAUUGAUGUUACUCAGGCUGAGUUGGUUUCUCAGUCGAAUUGGAGACGGCAAGAGAGGACGGAGAGUGUUGGGAGCUGGAAAGCUAAAGUUUAUGACAUGAUGCAUGUGAUGGUGAGUGUUAAGUCAAGAAGAGUUCCGGGUGCUAUGACUGAUGAGGAGCUUUUUGCUGUUGAUGAGGAGAGAGUGGGUAAUGGUGGUGAGAAUGAUGGCUUUGAGGAUGUGUUGACCGCUGAGGAAAGGAAGCAAUUGGAUUCUGCGUUGCGGAUGGGGAACUCUGAUGCUGCUGAAGAGGAAGAGAAUGACGUUGAGGAACACCAGGAAAAUGGUUCAGGAGGAGAAGCCAAUGGUGGUGGUGGUGGUGGUUCUCUCAAGGAGAAGAAAGGCUGGUUUGGUUGGAAUAAGAAAGGCGCAAAACCUGGUCAUGAUGGUGCUGAAGAAACAACAACAACGACAAAGGUUAAGAAAGGCUCCAAGUUGGCACCAGAGGAGAAAGAGAAAGGGAAAAGCCAGAGAUCGUCAACAUUAUCUGAUAAUAAUACUAAAGAGGAUGCUGGAGAUGGCAAGAAAGGAAAAGACAAAGGCGGUGCCAAGAAGAAAAAGAAUGAAAGCGAGUACAAGAAAGGGUUAAGACCUGUACUGUGGUUAACACCUGAUUUCCCUCUUAAAACAGAAGAGCUUCUUCCUCUGCUAGAUAUAUUAGCCAAUAAGGUCAAAGCAGUGAGGAGACUCAGAGAGCUCCUUACCACAAAACUCCCCACAGGAACAUUCCCUGUCAAGAUUGCGAUCCCUAUUAUUCCAACCGUGCGUGUUCUCAUCACUUUUACUAAAUUUGAAGAGCUCCAACCAUCUGAGGAAUUCUCAACGCCUCCUACUAGUCCUGUUUUUCAUGAUGCAAAGUCAUCAUCAGAUAGUUCAUCUUCAGCAUCAUGGGUGUCGUGGAUGAAAGGUGCUCGUGGUGGUGGCCAAUCAAGUGAGGGCGACAGUAACAGGUACAAGGAUAGUGAAGUUGACCCUUUCCUCAUACCGUCUGAUUACAAAUGGGUCGACUCAGCUGAGAAGAAACGCAGAUUGAAAGCCAAGAAAGCCAGAAUCAGGAAGAACAGGAAACAGAAUGCUUCAAAACCUGGUUCCUCGAGUUCCCGUUCCAAUCAAGAACCGGAAUAAUAUUUGCCACCCUGAAGAACAAGGUGUCACUUAGAUGAGAGAAUGUUUGAUUGUGUUAUUGUUUGUAGAAUGUUAUCUUAUUUGUGAAAUUCUUAACACGUUUGCUAUAAGA